AUGAAUCCGUGGCUCGGAAGUGGCGUUCGGCCGCUACACACAUGUCUGUUUCCUCCUGCAGGCUCUGGGGAUCUGGCUGCUCUGGGGAUUCUAGAGGACGGGUACAAACCCGACCUGGAGCUGGACAAGGCGAAGGAGCUGGUGCGUGCCGCCAUCCACGCGGGAGUCAUGAAUGACCUCGCCUCAGGCAACAACAUCGACAUCUGUGUCCUCACCAGAGAAGGAGUGGACUACAUCAGACCGUACCAGGUGUCACAGUACAAAGACAAAAGGUACGAGUGUGACUGA